AUGGCGCCCUCCCCCCAACGCCGGGUGGUACAAACUGUGGCGUUCCUGGGCGUGCUGUCCCUGAGGGAGAAGAGAGGAGGGAAAAAGAAGAGAACAUCGAAGAGACGGUGUUUGGAGGAAGUGGGCCCCGAAAACCCGGGGUCUUUUGGAGCUUUGAGCGCCCCUUCAUCAGGGCUGUCUGCAGCGGACACGGCCACCAGUCUGAACCCCAAUCCUACCCAGCAGCCCUUUGGCCGUCCCCGACCCUCAAACCGUCUGAGCAACAGGCGCUCUCUCGGCUUGAGAUUACACAGCGAGCCGCCCUUCAUCCACGAGGCCGCCGCUGACCCGCCUCGGCAGCAGCACAGCACCGUGGCUGCUGACAGGAGUGUUCACUUACUGCCUCCGGCGCCUGUCGCCCCGGCGUCUGUCGCUUCAGCGUCUGUCGCCCCGGCGUGGACGGUUCAACCCCGGUCAGCCCAGCUGCCUGUCGGCUUUGAGCAGACAGACCCGUUGCUCCACAGAUCGGUCCUGGCUGACAGGAGCAUUCACUUACCCCCUCCAGCAUCCGCAGACCCAACAUCUGUCGCCGGAAACCCUGGCGCUCUCCGCCAGGACGGGUGGGUUCAUCCCGGCAGCUCGCAGACCUGUCACCCCCAGGAGGGCCACCCCACGCAGCAUGAUGUCAGUCACCCGCCGGACCUCGAGAACAAACUGAAUUUGUCCCAGGGAAGCACCGCUAACUUGUCUCACUUGACUCCCAAUACUUCACUGGGCUUUGUUCAGGCCACCCCAUCCAGGGUGCUGCCGUCACCCACUGUCAACACCCGGGAGGCACUGGAUGUGAUCAUGGACAUGUUCCAGGCUCCGACUUUCCAAGAGGACCCGUUCAGCAACGCGUCGGCACUCGGUGCUGCAGAGAAUCCGUUUGACCCCGGCUACGCAACAACCGGCGGCGUCUCCUCCUUCACGAAGCCCGCGGCGCCGUUCACCGUCUUCCAGGACGACACCGACAAAGAAAACUGCAGUGCUGCCGCUCGCUCUGCAGUCGAGAAGUCUAAACCACUCAGAGCACUGGCAGAAAUCGCUGUGUCCGGCAAACCCAAUGACACUCCUCCAGACCUGAUGUCGGACGAGAGCACCAUGUGGGGCGUGCGCUACAACUCGCUGGCCGCCUGCCCAAACAGCACCAAGGACUUCGCCAUGUUGGCCCAGUUUGUCUCCACUCCGUCAGCGCAAAAGACGUCUUUCAGCGGCAAUUUUUUCGAGGAAGAUGAGAACAAUUGCGAUGGCAAAGAAGACGCUGAUGAAGACGCGUUUAUGAGACGGCAGCCAAAAAAACUCAGCCCAAUCAUUGAGACAAGUCCGUCUAACGAAACAGGUUUCAGUCAGCUGGCACCCUCCUCCGCAGGACUCGGCACCAUCGUGGGUGAAGGGCUCGCCGCCGCCCCGCACUGCCUGACCACUUCCUCUUGCACCACCAUGGUGCAGCCCCCUCCUCCGGCCGUGCUGUCCUUCCAAGACCAGACCCUCUGUCCCCCCAACUCCACAGACCCCUCCUGCGUGUCCAAGACCGCAGCCCCCAGCUGGGCGGUUUACACCAGCCCCGAGCAGCCUCCCAAACCGCACCCGGAGAGUUCCAUCAGACCUAACACCGAAGCUUUUACCAUCAUGGAGGAGUUAGACAAACCGCCCAGUCCAGAGCGGCUCCAGAAACCGGUCUGUGAUGUCCCCAUGAGCCCCGAGUGCGCUCUCAGAGCGGACUGGACACUCAUCCGAAGCCCCGAGCGCACAGCGGAGCCAGACCUGGACGCCUUCCUGAGUCCCUGUCCACCCGGCGUCCGGGACAUUCCCAUGAGUCCGCAGCCGCCGCAGCUCUGUGCUGACGUGCCCAUGAGCCCGGCGCAGUUUGGUGCCGAGGACGAACCCAUGAUGAGUCAGGGGGAGCUGAGGUCGAGCGCCGACGCGUCCGUGAACGCCAGGGCGGCUGCGGUCCGGCUGGUGUCGGACCCCUGGGCCAAUGAGGUCAUUGCUCAUCUUCUGUCAUCGCUGACCACGCCGCUCACCUCGCACCCCUCCUGCACCAGCUGGCAGUGCAACUUACCCAACAUCAGCCCUAAGACCACCAUCAGCAUGGGAAGAGCGUCCCUGCGCGUCGACUGUGUCCUGGGAGAAGGGGCUUUUGCAACAGUCUACCAGGGUACCGACCUCCAGACCUCAGAGAGGGUGAUGCUGAAGGUUCAGAAGCCGGCCAAUCCCUGGGAGUUUUACAUCAACACGCAGCUGGACGAGCGCCUGCGGCCCGCCGUGCGCCACCUUUACAGCAGCCUCCGCUCUGCUCACCUCUUCCACAACGGCAGCGUGCUGCUCGGAGAGCUUCACAACUACGGCACCCUGCUGAACGCAGUGAACGUCUAUAAAACCCAGAGUGACAAGGUGAUGCCUCAGCCUCUCGUCAUGUACUUCACCGUCUGCAUCCUGCACAUGGUGGAGCAGCUGCACGCCGCCCGCAUCAUCCACGCCGACGUCAAACCGGACAACUUCCUGCUGGGAGAGAGGUUCUUGGAGAACAAGUGUUUCGAGCCGGAGAACCUGGACCACGGCCUCGCCCUCAUCGACCUCGGGCAGAGCAUCGACAUGGAGCUUUUCCCAGAAGGCACUGCUUUCACCGCCAGGUGUUUGACGUCGGGCUUCCAGUGCACGGAGAUGCUCAGCGGGAGACCCUGGAACUAUCAGACGGAUUACUUUGGCAUCGCGGGGACGGUCCACUGCAUGCUGUUUGGGACGUACAUGCAGGUCACGAAUGAAGGCGGCGUGUGGGUGACAAACGGUGUAUUUAGAAGGAACCCCCACAGCGACCUGUGGCAGGAGUUCUUCCACACGCUGCUCAACGUGCCGGACUGCAGCUCCCGGCUGAACCUCGGGGGCCUGCGCAGCGCACUGGCGGAGGUGCUGCGGCAGAGCUACAGCAGCCGGCUGCCGACGCUCAAGAGCCGGCUGACGGUGCUGCUGCUGGAGAGCCGCAAGACGGCGGCACGCAGAUGACACGCAUCUCCUCCGUCACUCGGGGUAAAAUCUUAAGCUUUUAAAGCUGCGGUGAAGCGUCAUUGGAGGAGACAUUUCAGCAUCGGAAUUUGUACAUUUUUUUUUU